UUGAAUAAGUUUAAACUUUCCUAGUUGAGAAGGUACAUAGGACCAUAAGCCGAAGAGAAAAGAGGAUUCCGUCCGCUCUCCUGUACUCAAGCUUCGGACUGGUAGAUUAGUACUCAGGUGGGUGACCACUGGGGAAUCCCUGCUGUCCUAUGUGAAUUUUUGCCGAUUUUCUGCGAUUUUUGGCAUUGUUCUCCUCUGCUCUGCGUUUUUGUGCAUUUUUUUGAGGAAUUUUGAACUAUGUCUGGACUACAUCACAUUUUUGAGGAUGGAAGAAGCACAUUACGAUUACAUCGAAUGAAAGUUUCUCUCGAUUCAUGUUACUUGCGAUUGGUAUCAUGCAGGUUACAAUUGCUAGGGGAAAGAAAGGUCAUAGCCGCUGUCGACAACAUCUCGGUAGCGCUUGCACUCUUCAACCAGUCACAUCUCCUAGACUUCAGCCCUGUUCCGUGUAUGUAUAUGUACAGCUCUGUAACGAAAGGAUACCUCGAUCAGCCGCCAGCGUCGUACGGGGGCGUUGUAGAUUACAAACAUACCGCGGUAGUCCCAGAGACGCUGCAAUACCCGCCGAACGUGAAGUCGUCGCCCUGGUACAGUAUUCUCCUUAGCACAUGGAAGACUGAGGUUUUAGGAAGGGGCAAGGUGGACGUGGCGCCAACAGCGGCUGGUCAGACAACGUACCUCAAAGGAACACGGACACCCGGCUUGCGAUACUGCACAGUCUUGAUUAUUAAAAAUGACGCUGGUGCAGGAGGAAGUUGUAGGUGGUGGUGUUAUUGUCGAUGUGGACGAUGUUGUGGUCGUGGUCGUUGUGCUAGUUGUGGUCGUGGUCGUGGUCGUGGUCGUGGUCGUCGUGGUCGUCGUUUUCUCCGGAGGAGGCGCUUUGUGGUGUGGAGGCGGAGGCGGAUGAUGGUGCGGCGGCCAUCGCUCCUCCAAUGCAAUUACUGCGGACACGAGGGUGAAGAGACACAGAGCCUGGAGCUUCAUGUUUGAUCAAAGCUGUAAAGCAUAGAGCAGAUAACGGGAAAG